GCCGUCUGUUUACGUUUUCUAUGGUGAUCGAGACACGUUGUAUUUUGCUGCUGUAAAAUUGUUAAGAAACUGCCAAAAAAUCAUGGAAAAUCCAGCGGAUUCUGAUGGCCAGCACUUCCCUAGUUUUUUUCAAAACUCUAGUUCGGGGUCCAGUGCCAAGGAAGCUUCGGCAACAGAAGAACUUUACGAGAACAGAAUUGUUAAAGGAGCAUGCGGGCCUGCCAAUGGUGAUGGCUCUUCCGAAAUAGUAGAUACAGUGGGUGUGGAUGAGACUGCAGAACAAGCCACAGUUGAAAAGGACGGUUGGUUAAGGUCCUUGACACAACUUCCAAGUUUUAGCCAUGAAAAAUUAGACGAUCGUUUAAUUAAUAGCCCUUUAACAUCAACAGAGAAUGGAGCAGCGCCCAAGGCAUUUAGGAACAAAAAAGAAGGGUACAAACUAUGGAAGGAGGGAUAUGUGCGUGCUGUAUUCGUUAAACCUAACGUUAAGGGGAAACGUAUGUUAUUCCUUGUAAAGGCAGAAGUAUCUGCAUCAAUGAAGAGUGUCCAGUACAUGGUAUAUGUUCAUCUAGACCAAAUCAAUGGUGAUGUGGUUUAUGCGAAAUGCGACUGUAAAGCUGGUCAAGGAGGGUGUUGCAAGCAUGUUGCUGCUUUACUUUAUACUUUACUUGACUUUAUCAACAUUGACAUUGAAGAAAUACCAAGUGAUAUAACAUGCACCCAGGUUGGGCAGAAAUGGCAUAUUCCUUCAGGUGCAAGAAAUCUGUCAUCUAAAGCUUUUAAGUUUCGAAAUCUUGUUUUUGUAAAAGCAGAAGAAACUAAGAAGAGAAAGAGGCCUCUUGUAACUGGAAGCAGAGACACAUAUUGUGCUACACCACAGUUUGCUUUGGAAACAAGUCCAGAUGAACUAGAAGGCUUAGUGGAAAGGCUGAGAUUGGCAGGCAAGGCCCCAAUGUUUUGUGAAGCAAUAGAGUCAAAUAAUUAUCAGCCUUGCUCUUUGUUUUAAACAUCAAGCACAAGAGCUUUGGAGAAAUUUUCAGGAAGCAUUUUCAAUGAGCAAACCGAGUUGCAUUACAUUCAUAGACUUUAUUGUAAGGUGCCACAUGAUAAUGAUGUCAGUGAAUUACAGUUGAAGGAAGAAAUUAUCCAAAACAUUCUUUCUAAAGUUGGCAUAUCUGUUGAAAAAUCGAUUGA